UUCGACAGCAAGACCUUUCUAAUAAUAUCGAAAGUCUUCAACUUGUGGAAGUACUACUCCUCUACUCUGUCCCCUAGAUUUCUGUUAUGAACAGCACCCCACCGGCGCCAUAAGUCAGACCCUUCAUCUUUGAAUGUUCUCUAUUUCCCAUCUUGGGUUUUACAUCUGCUUUAUGUUUCUCUCCGGCUGCUGAGAGAAUGUAAGGAAACCCAAGACUUUUGACUUUUCAUUCACCGUCUGGAACAAAAAAAGAAGUGAUUUUUGGAUCUGUUUCUGGGUCCUCAAAAACUCACACAACAAUGGUUUCAUAUGCCUCGGAAUUUCUGUUGGAAAGAUAGCAGAAACCCACGUUUAUUUCAGUUUGGAGAGUUAUAGAGGGAGCUGUUGACACGUUUUCGGUUAUUUAUGUACUCUCACAGGUUGAGGAUUGUGAUUAUUUACUCUCACGGGUUGAGGAUUUUGAUUGAUCGGGGCUAUUUUUCAACAUAAAAAGAGGGUGAUGGCUUGUUUCUCUUGCUUGUUCAGCCAGAAGGCAGCUUCUUCAGUUAAACGGACUGUUGACAUUGAUGAAGUUGUUUCAGGUAUUUCAAAUCUCAAACUGUACAGUUACAAGGAACUGCAAAAUGCCACUGAAAAUUUCAGUGAAUACAAUAAAAUUGGGCAGGGAGGCUUUGGCUCCGUAUACAAGGGAACACUCAAGGAUGGCUCUGUGGCAGCAAUAAAGGUGUUGUCAGGAGAUUCUAGGCAAGGGUCGCGGGAAUUUUUGACAGAGAUUGAGGUGAUUGCAAGUGUUGAUCAUGAGAACCUAGUUAAGCUAUACGGUUGCUGUGCAGAAGGAAAUCAUAGGAUAUUGGUUUAUGGCUAUCUCGAGAAUAAUAGCCUUUCACAAACUCUUCUUGAUGGAGGCCAAAGUGGCAUCCAAUUUAGUUGGCAAACAAGGUGUAAAAUCUGCAUUGGUAUUGCAAGGGGGCUCGCUUACCUCCAUGAGGAUGUUCAACCCCAUAUUAUUCACAGAGACAUUAAAGCAAGCAAUAUUCUUCUUGAUAAAGACUUUUCGCCCAAAAUUUCAGAUUUUGGUCUUGCAAAGUUUAUCGCACCCAACUUGACCCAUGUUAGUACUCGUGUCGCUGGAACAGCAGGUUACAUAGCACCUGAAUAUGCCAUACGAGGUCAAGUGACAAGGAAAGCGGAUAUCUAUAGUUUUGGUGUUUUAGUCUUGGAAAUUGUUAGUGGCAGGUGCAACACAAACAGACGUUUACCAUCCAAAGAACAGUAUCUUCUUGAAAGGGUAUGGGAACUACAUGAGAGGGGUCAGCUGGUGGAGUUGGUCGAUACAUCAUUAAAUGAAGAUUUGAAUGUUGAGGAGGCUUGCAGAUUCAUGAAGAUCGGUCUUCUUUGCACCCAAGACAAGCCCAAGCUCCGACCAACCAUGUCUACAGUUGUUAAGAUGCUGACAGGUGAGAUAGACGUGAAUGACGAGAAGAUAGACAAACCUGGAAUGCUUUCUGAGUUCAUGAAUCAGAGAGAUUUGGCUGAUGUUAAACACUCAUCUUACUCACUAUCGCCUUCUGGGAAGGUUCUCAAUUCUUCAUCUUCCUCUGAACAAAUCACCACUUCAUUUGCUACCAUGACCUUCAAUUCUAUAUAUGACCGAAGCAAUUAGGACGGUGAAACAUCUUUCUGGCAUUGUUUUGUUUGGAUAGGAUGCAUAUUAGUCUUAUAUGUUGGUUGGAGAACAAGUACCCAUAUCAUUCUUUGCUUUCUUAGGCGAUGAAAUAGCCCUUCAACCAUUUUGUAGGGUAACAGUAUUGGUGUAAAGUCCUAUAAUCACUACGCUUUAUCUUUUUGGUCUGUAAAGAAAGUCCGGACUAAAAAAAGAACCCUUACAUCCCUGUGUUCAAAUCCAGGUAUCAUGUAUAGUCAGAGACCUUUUCUUUUUGAUGAAUUUUGUGUACUAGAGCUCAGAUUGAAUUGAAUGCGCGUGCUCUCUGAAAAGGCUGAAAUUAUGAAUGG